AUUUUUCUGGAUUUGGCGGUUCUCAGCGUCUGAAGAACUCCUGAACGAUGCAAAUGCAAAUUAAUCCGAAGUGCACACAGUCAUAAAAGCCAAAAGGAAAGAAUAUCAAUCAAAGCUGCGAAUCCCACCCAGUUCAUGGGGAGGUGGAGAGCCGCCGCCGCCGCACUCAGUUUCUCACGCUUACCGUCAAAACCAAAGCUACUCGGUCAUAAGUACACCGUGAACCCUCCUCGCAGAAGGUUUCCAGAUUUUGCAUCAGCAGUUGUAGUCCCGCUCAUCUCUCGAAACCUUGACUCCAAGUCUUUCUCCGCUGCUCCAUGGCCAUAUCCUCUCUAUAUCGAUGAUUUCGAAUGCAAUCCUGUAGAUUUUGCUCGGAUUCCAGAUCCAAAAGAGGACGAGGAUCCUGGAAAAAUUCAAAUAAAAGCUUAUUUUCUUUCUACCAGAUUCAUAAUUUUGACACAGUAUUGAUCUGAAGAGCUUGCAAGCAGAGCAUUCGGCCAAUGUCAUGCCCCCAUUGUCCCGGUCAUCAAACUAUGUAGUACUCAGAUUUCACAACCAUCCUCUGUCCAGUACCAUUGGAGUUGGAGAAAACGCAAACUGCUUCCACUACAUGGUUGUCUUCCAGUAUGGUUCUGCUGUCUUAUUCAAUGUGGAUGAAGAAGAAGCUGAAUGCUACUUGCAAAGAGUGAGAAAAUAUGCAAGUGGAUUGCUUCUUGAGAUGAAAAAAGACGAUUAUGCAGUAAAAGAGAAGCCAUCAUUGGUUGAGGAUAUGGAGGGACGUCCGGACUACAUUGUGCUGAAAAAUGUGGACACAGAUAGUAUCCGUGUAAUUAGCAGUGUGCUUGGGCAAAGUAUUGCACUUGAUUACUUUGUCUCACAGAUUGAUGGAAUGGUCGAGGAGUUUGCUUAUAUAAAUCGUGAAAUGGAAAGGACAGGAAAUUUCACAAUGGACAGGAAAAAGCUAUUUCAGCUCGUUGGCAAGGCUAAUUCAAACUUAGCUGAUGUUAUUUUGAAAGUUGGUCUUUUUGAGAGAUCUGAAAUUGCAUGGAGAGAUGCAAAAUAUGCCCUGAUACUGGAGUACCUGUCCGAGGAAUACGAGGUUACCCAACGUUUUUGCAACCUUAACAUCAAACUAAAGUUUGUUGAGCAUAACAUACAUUUUCUUCAGGAAGUGCUACAAAACAGAAAGUCAGAUCUCCUAGAGUGGUGCAUCAUAGUUUUACUGACUUUAGAGAACAUUGUUUCUGCGUAUGAGAUUCUUCACCAGUCAACUGUUGUUCCUUUGUAAACAUGUAUGUACAUAUAUGCACAUAACUUAUUCUUUUUAGCAUCUCUCUAUAUACAAAGCACCGUGAAUGCCAGGCAAGAUUCCCGCCCAUUUUACUGGGUCACUAUUCGGGUCGAGCAGCUGUGUGGGUUAGGAGAAAGAGCUGCUGCAGCUGCACAUUUAAGGUUGAGUUGAUUUAUUGGGUUUGGAAAAGAGCACCCAAUUGUCACUUCAUAACUUUUUAGCAUUGUUCGAAUGGCACAUGAGCACCUUAAGGAUUCAAAUACGGGUCUCAGGAGAUUCCACCUUUUUGACCAAGAUUCAAAUACUAGUAAUUAAAAAAAGUACAAACAAUAAAUGUUCACAGCCAUUGUGUCAAACAAUCACUUCAAACUUGAAAUAAUAGUCAUUUCAAAACUUUUCAUAACAGUCAUUUAAUGAGGUUUGG